GCGGACCAAGCUAGUCCAUAAUAGCGCGCAUCCCAGAAAUAGAGUAGAAUGGCUGGGUAGAAAAAAACUAUCUAACAUCCACAUUCUACGUCUGAAACUUUUAUCGAUCCACACUCUGUACAUUUCUUUUCUUCUUGUUCGGUGUUUUCAAACAUUUCGUGUUCAUCGAUAUCUAGCUCAGGAGUUGGACGAAAGAGUGGUUUUUCGUCGUCGCAGCCGUUGAAACAUUUCCGCCGUUGAAACAUUUCCUGUUCCUAUAUUGCGCAGCAGUUGUCAAAACACUAUGAAGUUAGAGGUGCUGAAGCAGUCCACUUUUGAUGUUAUUAAAAGAAAUGGUCGCAUAGUUUUGGCAACUAUGCACGAACAGGAACUGCCUCCCUCUCCCAGGAAUGAAAUUUGGACUAACAUAGACUACGAAACAUUCAAACAAGAUGAAAAUCAACUCAUUCAAGUCAUUAGACACGGGCGCUGUUAUUAUGCCGGACCGGAGGAAACAAAGAAAGAUAUGGGUUUGGCCUCCCUAACCACCAGCCAACAUGACAGCGCAUCAAGUGCCGCAGCAUCCUCCCCACCCGCCGCCGCCACACCGCCUGGGCUGGCUCUAUGUGGAGGGGCUUUGUGCGGAGCUGCCCUCUUAGCAUCUCUCUGCUUUUCUACCACAGCAGAAGGACGAAAACAAAUUCUUGAGAUUCUGGAGUGUGUAAAGGACAUCCAAUCGGGGCUCACGACCAUAAAGAGCAUCACUGAGUGGUGGGCAUAGUUCGGGCUCAGAUUUGUUCUUAAAGAAUGCGAGAAUAUCUUCCUCUGCUUUCAUGAAUUUAUAUGAUCAAUUAUUUACGAUGCUGUAGUAGUUCUUUUUCUUGCAAAGAAUUUUGACUGGAUAUGAGUGUUCUUAACUUCCUAUACAUUCUGUGUUUGUUUUUCAGAUUCUAUCUGUUAAAUGCUGAUUUUUGUUUGGUCUUGUUUUCUUUGCAUAUUAGUGGUGGGCAUGGUUCAGGCUCAGAUUUGUUCUUAAAGAAUGCUAGAAUAUCUUCCUCUGCUUUCAUUAAUUUAUAUGAUCAAUUAUUUACGAUGUUGUAGUAGUUUUGUUUCUUGCAAAGAAUUUGACUGGAUAUUGAGUGUUUUUAACUUCCUAUACAUUCUGUGUUUGUUUUUCAGAUUCUAUCUGUUAAAUGCUGAUUUUUGUUUGGUCUUGUUUUCUUUGCAUAUUAGUGGUGGGCAUAGUUCGGGCUCAGAUUUGUUCUUAAAGAAUGCUAGAAUAUCUUCCUCUGCUUUCAUGAAUUAAUAUGAUCAAUUAUUUACGAUGUUGUAGUAGUUUUGUUUCUUGCAAAGAAUUUUGACUGGAUAUUGAGUGUUCUUAACUUCCUAUACAUUCUGUGUUUGUUUUUCAGAUUCUAUAUGUUAAAUGCUGAUUUUUGUUUGGUCUUGUUUUCUUUGCAUAUUAGUGGUGGGCAUAGUUCGGGCUUAGAUUUGUUCAGUACAAGCCAUUCUUUAUAAGUUGCUGGAUCUGUAGCACCAGAGUACUUCGCGCCACAACCAUCUCCAUUCGCCAUUCGGCUUCUAGUAUUUGUUCUGAAGUAGUUUUUGUUUUGGUCAUCGUUCUCUUCUCUGAAAAAAACAGAGUGUUUUUUUCAUUCAAAAUCUUUUACGUUAUACGUAGUACGAAGUAUAGUAUAAUAGUUUUUGCUUUUCAUUUUAAGAAAUUUGGAUUUGACAUCAUGACAUGUGAUAUACGAAGUAUGGCGUAAUGAGUAUGCAGAAAAAUAUGUCAGCGGGGCCAUUUUACCUUUGAUUAAUU